AAAUUUCCGUUUCCGACAACCAACAAGGAUUCCACCUUUUCUAAAACUAAGGUUAAGAUAGGCUAAAAUGUCGUCGCAUUUAGUUUGGGGUAUUAUCAGGAACAACAACGCUUUUCUUUUGAAGAAAAGAAAUAUUUCCAAACCAUUCAGUACCGAACCGAACAAUUUAACAAAUUUGAAUUCCUAUCGUUACAAUGGUCUUAUCCAUAAAAAAUCCGUAGGAAUUGUAGAUGCUCCCGACAAAAAAGGUUUCACAGUUGUUUACAAAAAAGCCAGUAAACAAAGAAAACCCAAGCAAAGUACAGUGAAGAGAACGAUGAAAUCUGGUCCAAGGAGAUCUUUGCACAAACUAAAAAGAUUGUUGAGUGCUAACAGAUACCGUACAGAUCUUACCAAGGUUGCCCUUCGUAGAGCCAGUGCUGUUCUUAAAUCCCAAAAACCCUUGCCUGCUAAGAAGCAAAAGGCAAAGAAAGAAUAAAUGUUUUUUUUUAUAAUAAAUUAAUAAAUUUAUGAAAAAAA